AUGGCAAAAGAUAAAACCCAUGUUAAUAUUGUUGUUAUUGGGCAUGUUGAUUCAGGGAAGUCUACUACUACUGGACAUUUAAUUUAUAAGUGUGGUGGUAUUGACAAACGUACCAUUGAAAAAUUUGAGAAGGAAGCUGCUGAGCUCGGGAAAGGCUCUUUUAAGUAUGCAUGGGUCCUUGACAAACUUAAAGCAGAGCGAGAGCGUGGUAUUACUAUUGAUAUUGCUCUUUGGAAGUUUGAAACUUCUAAGUAUUAUGUUACUGUUAUUGAUGCUCCUGGUCAUCGUGACUUCAUUAAAAAUAUGAUUACUGGUACUUCGCAAGCAGAUUGUGCUAUUCUUAUUAUUGCUUCUGGUACUGGCGAAUUCGAGGCUGGUAUUUCUAAGGAUGGUCAAACGCGUGAGCAUGCUCUUCUUGCUUAUACUUUGGGUGUUAAGCAGCUUAUUGUUGCUGUCAAUAAAAUGGAUACUGUUGGUUGGUCUGAGUCUCGCUAUGAUGAGAUUGUCAAAGAAACUUCUAAUUUUAUUAAAAAAGUUGGUUAUAAUCCAGCAACUGUUCCGUUUGUUCCUAUAUCCGGUUGGCAUGGUGAUAAUAUGAUAGAAGAGUCUUGUAAUAUGCCAUGGUUCAAAGGAUGGACUAAAACUACUAAGAAUUCAACUUUUAAGGGAACAACUCUUUUAGAAGCAAUUGAUACUAUAGAGCCUCCUACCCGUCCUUCUGAUAAGCCUCUUCGGCUUCCUCUUCAGGAUGUAUAUAAAAUUGGAGGUAUAGGAACAGUUCCAGUUGGUCGUGUUGAAACAGGUGUUAUGAAACCAGGCAUGGUAGUUACAUUUGCACCUAGCGGUUUAACUACUGAAGUGAAGUCUGUUGAAAUGCAUCAUGAGCAGCUUACUGAAGCUUUUCCUGGCGAUAAUGUUGGCUUUAAUGUUAAGAAUGUUUCUGUUAAGGAAAUUCGUCGUGGGAAUGUUGCUGGUGAUUCUAAGAAUGAUCCACCUAAGGGAUGCGAAAAAUUCACUGCUCAGGUUAUUAUUCUUAAUCAUCCUGGCCAAAUCAGUGCUGGUUAUGCUCCGGUUUUAGAUUGCCAUACUGCUCAUAUUGCUUGUAAAUUUUCUGAGCUUCUUGAGAAAAUUGAUCGUCGUUCUGGUAAGAAGGUUGAAGAUAACCCCAAAUAUCUUAAGUCUGGAGAUGCAUGUAUUGCUUGUAUGGUACCGAGUAAGCCUAUGUGCGUUGAGUCUUUUACUGAUUACCCCCCAUUGGGCCGAUUUGCUGUUCGUGAUAUGAGACAAACUGUUGCUGUAGGUGUUAUUAAGGAGGUUUGUAAGGUUGAAAAGGCUGGUAAAGUUACCAAAGCUGCUCAAAAGGCAUCGAAGAAAUAG